AUGCCUCUUGUCGUUCCCGGUAUCAACUCUACUUCUGGCGAUAACGCCGAGGAGUGGCAGAACAAGCUCGUCGGCAAGAAGCUCUCCGAGUCAGAGUCCAACGAGACGGUCUUUUGCAAGCGGGAUCUUCCCGAGGAGACGCGCAUCAUCGAGCCUGGCAUGAUGGUGACAAAGGACUUCAAGGAGAACCGGCUCAACGUUCACCUCAAGGACGACGGAACCGUGUCGCAUGUUGUCAAGGGAUGA